AUGGCCUUCCAAACGCCUGACGUCGAUGUCAAGAGCCUCUUUAAUGUCAAAGGGCUCAUUGCUGUCAUCACUGGCGGUGGGAGUGGUCUCGGGGCAAUGAUGGCAAGAGCUCUUGAUGCCAACGGAGCUUCCAGAGUCUUCAUAGUAGGACGAAGGGAGGAACAGCUCAAGCAGACUGCCGCGACUGGGAGAAAUGGAAACAUCGUCCCCCUCGUCGGCGAUGUGACCUCCAAAGAAAGUUUACAGAAAAUCGUGGACCAGGUCUCGACGGAUUCAGAUCAUCUCGAUGUACUCAUCUGCAACUCAGGCAGCUCAGGCCCACGUUCAUUUCCUCCACCCAAGGAAGAUGGUAGUCCUGCAACCCUAGCCGAGAUUCGUGAAUUCUGCUGGAAUGUCCCUAUGGAGGAAUUUGAGCAGGCCAACAUGGUGAACAUCACCGGCGUAUGGUACAGCUGUCUCGCAUUCAUGCCCCUGCUCGAGGCUACGAACAAGAUGCGACCUGCCCCGUCCACUUUGCCCCGACCUCAGAUUAUCACUACCAGCUCUAUCGGAGCCUUCAACCGAGUACCUCUGGGUGGCUUUGCUUACACGGCUUCCAAAGCCGGUGUCGUGCACCUGAUGAAAAGCAUGGCAACGUUGUUGGGUAAAUUUGACAUACGCUGCAAUGUGAUUGCACCAGGUCUGUUUUAUAGCGAAAUGUCAGCACCAGCAUUCCAGCACUUGGAAAUAGAGAAUGGCCAUGAAGAGAGCAAAUUUGACCGCAAUAUCAUCCCAGCAACGAGGUCAGGGCAUGAGGAGGAUAUUGCAGGCGUCAUCCUGUGGCUCUGCAGCAAAGCUGGAGCUUAUAUCAGCGGCAACGUUGUUGUUUCCGAUGGUGGAAGGCUAGGAGUGUUCCCCUCGUCAUACUGA